UGUAAUGGCAGGAAGAAGGUGUGUCUUUCUCUUUUGCCCGUUUCUGCCUUGCUGUUUGCAGCCGCCAUGAACUGCAGCCCUGCCAUGCCAGCCUGCCCUGGAGCCAACUGAGUAUUGACUGAAUCCUCCAAAAACUCAGGAUCAUGGGCUAUAAAGUGCUUCAGAUAGUCCUGUGUUCAACACUGCUAAUAGGAGCAUUGGGAGCACCAUUUUUUUGGGAAGACCCAGCAAAUCAGUUCCUUCGUCUUAAAAGACAUGUGUAUUUGCAAGACUACUGGAACCCAGAUGAGAGUUCAGAUGGGUGGAGGAUCACACUGGCUGAUCAGAUUCGUGAAACCUGGAUUUCUAUGAAAAGAACUGCACAGCAUUAUUUAGACAUGAAUAUAUUCAGCUUUGACAUGUCUGCUGACCAAUGAACGUGCUUUCCUGAUUCAUGCAGGAGAACAAGGAUGGUAGCGCCAGUGUGACCGUGUGCAGGAAACACGAGCUGGGAAGAUCUGGGGGAAUUUCUGUGCUGCUUCUCAGACUACUUACUAUGUCUAUUUCAUGUUGAAAGGAGAAUUAUGACCACCAACAUAGAGACCUUGAAAUAGAAGUUCUCAAUAAAUAGUUUGUCCUGGAAUAAGAACUAAAUAAAGCCUGUUAUAAUAAUA